CCGCCACUCUUCUUCAGUCAGUACUCGCACGCCGUACCUGUUCGUCAGUGCAUCGUGCUCGUUUCUAUUACAUCGUGUCGCCACCGUCGUGUUUUACGUAUUCUACGUGCACGCAUGGUGUUAAUAUUUUUAUAAUUUUCACGGCAGUGCGACUUUUACGAAACUUUCUCAUAAUAUAUUACGAUUCGAUUACAUUUUUAUUAUUUUUAUAUUAUUUUUAUUUUUUUGACUCGUAUUUUUUUUUUCAUCCGUUUAAUCGUCUCUGCGUCAAAGGCGGCGACAGAUAGCGAGCGCGCAUCGCACGACCCCCAUAACAACGCGUUGUAGUGAAUCGCGUGAUAUUUAUAUCGGUUUUCGUUCGAUAUCGAUAUCGAUAUAUUAUAUAAUAUUAUAAUAUCUGUUAAAAUGUUCGAACCGGUGUCGGUGGUAGGAUCCCGCGGGAACUUCCAGCAGAUCACUUAACGGCGUGGCGAGAGCACGGGUAGUGUGAAGAACGGACGCGAAGGAUAAGAAAAGGAUAGGCGUGUAAUCGACGACGACGACAACUAUCAACACCACGAGGACGACGACGACGACGACAAAACCGUUCGGGAGUCCUGCUGCAGCGCACAUGGCGGCCGGCACUACGGUCGAACGACAGCAGACAGCGGCGGUCCGGCGAGCGUCCGCGGUCGCCCGGUGGACCGGGGCCGCGGCGUUGUGCCUGACGGUCGUGGUGUACGUGUGGCACGUGCACGGCACUAUGGAACGCCGAGUGGCCGAUCUGGAAGCCGCGGUGGCCUCCAUGCAGCGGCAGCUGGCCGACGGUCCGUCCGGCAUUACGGUCAAAGGACUAGACCUGCAGCCGCUCAGGAACAAGCGGGACGCGACGUCUGCACAGUGCUUGUGCCCUCCCGGGCCUCCCGGCAAACGGGGAAAACGCGGGAAAAAAGGCGACACCGGCGACCCAGGACCAGCGGGCCCAGCCGGUCCACCUGGGAAAAAUGGUUUUCCGGGCCCGAAAGGAAUGAAAGGCACCAGAGGCUUGAUGGGACCCAUCGGACUGGACGGACCGAAAGGCGACGUCGGCCAUCCGGGUGACAAAGGACAGAAAGGAGAUUCCAGUGCACCAAAUUUCGACAUCUACGCAGCGGUCAAGGGAAGCAGCAGUAAACGGUCUGUAACGACGCUGAGAGGAGGUACUCUCGGAUACGCAGAGAUCGUAGCCGUAAAGGGCGAGCCGGGAGAACCAGGACCACCAGGACCAGUUGGAGCACGAGGACCCGAAGGCGCAAUGGGGGUGGAAGGCAAACAAGGACCACCCGGCGCUCCAGGAUUGGUUGGACCAAAGGGCGACCGAGGAGAACAAGGGCUGCAGGGUACACCUGGUCUACCCGGACCAAUCGGUGAGAAAGGCGAGAGAGGUGACAAGGGCGAUCGAGGAUUAACGACGACACUAAAAGGCGACCAAUUCCCAACUGGCAUCAUCGAAGGACCUCCAGGACCACCAGGACCACCUGGAUUACCAGGUCGCAACGGCACGGACGGUAUUUCAGAACCAGGUUUACCAGGACCCCAAGGACCUCCGGGACUGCCAGGUACAUCCGGUCCUAAAGGCGAAAAAGGAGAUUACGGAGACAUUGGACCCCCAGGUUUAAUGGGACCUCCAGGCUUACCCGGUCCACCUGGAUAUCCAGGUCAAAAGGGUGACAAAGGUGACAAAGGCGAGUCGAAGUACAACAACAAGAAGAUCAGGAGACGACAAUUCCAAGGUGAUGGUGUUUUCGAAACAGCUAACGAACCGCAGCUAGUGGGGCCUCCUGGACCACCUGGACCGGCCGGAUUGCAAGGUCCUCCCGGCAUAAAGGGUGAGCGAGGCAAAGACGGCGACAAAGGCGAAAUAGGCGAGAAAGGAUCCAAAGGAGAUCCCGGGCCAAUGGGCUUACCUGGCCCAAUUGGACCUAGAGGAGAUUCGAUCCCGGGCAAAACCGGUCCCACGGGUCCUCCAGGACUGGACGGGAUGAAGGGUGGUCAAGGGGAGCCCGGUACCAAAGGGGAACGUGGAGAUCCUGGCCUGCCUGGUACGGAUGGCAUUCCUGGUGGUGAGGGUCCCAAAGGAGACAAGGGCUACAAAGGUGAACCCGGUCCGACCGGUAAAAAAGGCCGAAAGGGAGACAAGGGCGAUAAAGGCGACCAGGGAGUGCCGGGAUUGGAUGCGCCGUGUCCCAUAGGACUAGACGGAUUGCCAUUACCCGGAUGCGGUUGGAGGCCACAAAAGGAGCCAACGACCACGACGAAAUCGUACAGAUCCAUGUCACAGACCACGGAGGCGCCAACGGACGCUUAUGACGACGAGGGCGGUGACGAGGAGACCGGAGGCGAUUAUGGCGACGAGUACACCGACGAGACGGAAUCUUACCAAUCGGCCACAAAAAAAUAACACUGUUCGACAUCCAGAGAAGUUCACCGUCGACGACAAUAAAUUGCUCCGAAAUCAAAACGGUGGCGCAAUUUAUACAAUACAGAUAACAUCGAUUGAAACGCGACGGAAAACGUCACUAGGUU